AUGCCACCUAAUGAUAUUGUCGAGAUUAAUGUUCCAGAUGAUGAUAAAAGGACUAUUGUUGUCUGUGGACUUGGCAUGGUCGCAUUAUACUUUAUUGAAAGGGUUUUGAAAUAUGAUGUAACACACAAAUAUAGGAUCGAAGUUUUUUGUGAAGAGCCUUUAGGCACGCAUCCUGCUUAUAAUAGGGUUGGCUUGACACAAUUCUUUUCUCAUCGUUCGGAGGAAAGAAUGCUUAUGCAGCCCCUAAGUUGGUACUCGGAAAAUAAUGUGAUAGUUCAUACUUCUGACAAGGCUAAACAUAUCGACACUGUUGCCAAAAUCGUUACAUCCGAGAGCGGCCUUUCGAUUUCGUACGAUGAAUGUAUUCUUGCUACAGGCUCUUACCCAUUUGUUCCUCCGAUCCCCGGAUGGAAUAAAACUGGUGUAUUUGUCUAUCGGACUAUAGAAGAUUUGAAUAAGAUAAUCGCGUACGCUGCUAACUCGAAACGUGGUGCUGUCAUAGGUGGUGGUUUACUUGGUCUAGAAGCUGCUAAGGCUUUGAAGGAUUUGAAUUUAGAUGUGACGAUCAUCGAAAUGGCACCAGUCUUGAUGGCCAGGCAGUUGGACCCCGAAGGCGGAAAAAUGCUUCAAAAAGAAAUAGAAAAACUUGAUAUUAAAUGCAUUCUCGGUGUUCCUCCAAAGGAAAUUACUACUGACGAAGAAGGAAAAGUUAAUGGUGUUCGAUUUGAAGAUAGAUCGAUAGAGAUGGAUAUGGUAAUUGUUGCUGCGGGUAUUAGACCACGUGACGAGCUCGCAAAAGCAUCUGGCAUAACUACACAUGCGCGAGGUGGUGUGUUUGUUGACGAACGACUACAAACUAAUGAUCCUCAUGUCUAUGCUAUCGGUGAGGUUGCUUUGCAUGCUGGUAUGAUUUAUGGUCUUGUCGCUCCCGGUUACGAUAUGGCCGAAGUUGUAGCUGUCAAUCUUACUAAGACAGGCUCUGAUAAAUGUUUUCUUGGUGGUGAUCUUUCAAGCAAACUUAAACUUCUUGGUGUUCAUGUUGCUAGUUUUGGUGAUUAUUUCGCUAAAGAUGAUGUGGCAAUGCCAUUGGUGUACAAUGAUCCAUUCGGUUCGAUUUAUAAAAAAUUGCUAUUCUCCAAAGACGGUAAACACCUUCUUGGUGGUAUAAUGGUUGGCGAUACAGAAGAUUAUACCAAACUUCAUGCUUUGUUCAAGUCUAAAAAACCAUUACCUAUGCCUCCUGGUGAACUUAUUCUUGGUGUAAAGUCUGGACAAGCUCCAGGAGCAGAUGACCUUCCUGAUGAGGCACAAAUUUGUUCAUGUAACAAUGUCACGAAGGGACAGAUACGUGAAUCUAUUAAGGACGGUGAAUGUCGUUCUGUUGGUCAGGUCAAAUCAUGUACAAAAGCUGGUACAGGUUGUGGUGGGUGUAUACCACUUGUAACGGAAAUAUUCAAUGCAGAAAUGAAAUCUUUGGGUCAUGUUAUAACGCAACAUCUUUGCCCGCACUUUGAUUAUACUCGUGCUGAACUCUUUCAAAUUAUUAAAAUCAAAAAACUUAAGAAUUUCGAAGAAAUCAUCGAAAAAGUCGGCAAAAAAGAUUCAACUGGUUGUGAAGUAUGUAAACCGACGGUCGCAUCUAUUAUUGCCAGUUUAUGGAAUGAUCCUAUCCUGAAUCAUUGGGGUAUCCUAGACACAAAUGAUCGUUACCUCGCCAAUAUUCAACGAGGUGGAACAUAUUCGGUGGUUCCGCGUGUGCCUGGUGGUGAAAUCACACCUGAAAAACUUAUUGUCCUUGGACAAGUCGCUAAAAGUUAUGGAUUAUAUACUAAAAUCACAGGAGGACAGAGAGUUGAUUUAUUCGGUGCGGAAAAACAUGACCUUCCUCAAAUAUGGGAAGAACUUGUUAAUGCUGGAUUUGAAUCAGGUCAUGCUUAUGGUAAAGCUCUGAGAACGGUGAAAUCAUGUGUAGGAUCAACUUGGUGUAGAUAUGGCAUCGGUGAUUCUGUGGGAUUCGCUAUUCAACUUGAGGAUCGGUACAAGGGAAUUAGAUCACCUCAUAAGAUUAAGGGCGCUGUAUCCGGUUGUAUUCGAGAAUGUGCAGAAGCACAAGGAAAAGAUUUUGGUCUAAUUGCGACAGAUUCUGGUUUUAAUGUUUACGUAUGCGGAAAUGGUGGUGCCCAACCUAAACACGGCGUUAUAUUGGCAAAGAAUGCUUCAGAAGAAGAUGCUAUCAAGUAUCUUGAUCGAUUCUUAAUGUACUAUAUUCAUACAGCCGAUCAUUUGACGAGAACUGCAAGAUGGCUCGAAAAAAUGGAUGGCGGAAUUGAGUAUCUUCGCAGGGUCGUUAUUGAUGACCAUCUUGGAAUUUGUAAAGAAUUAGAAGAGGACAUGGCCCGUUUAAUUUAUACAUAUCAAUGUGAAUGGGCUGAGGUAGUUAAAAAUCCUAGUCGACGUGCUAUGUUCCAACCAUUUGCCAAUUCAACAGAGGUCAUAGAGGGUAUUGAAUACAUAACGGAAAGAGGACAACGACGUCCUGCAGACUGGCCCAAAGACUUCUCGGAAGAACUUAUUAAAGAGGAAAUUAAACCAAACCCAGGUGAAAAAACUUGGGUUAAGAUUGCUAAAUCAGAUCAUUUUCCAGAAGAUGCAGGACAGGUCAUUAAAUAUGGGGAUGUACAAAUUGCGAUAUAUAAUACAGAUAAAAAGACUCGAUGGUAUGCAACACAAAACAUGUGUCCACAUAAAAGAGCAUUCGUAUUAUCGCAAGGGAUAGUAGGUGAUGAAAAUGGGACUAUCAAAGUGAGCUGUCCAAUGCAUAAAAAGAAUUUUGCUUUGGAGACAGGUGAAUGCUUAUCAGGAGAUGUAAAUUUGAGAUUAAUGACCUUUGAUAUCAAGGUCGAAGAUGAUCAUAUUUGGUUACAUCUUCCUUCUACGUAUGAACUUGAUCGAUUACUUGGAACCAGUAAAUGGAAAGUCACCAAAAAUGGUAAAAAACAAAAAGAAAGGAUAAUGGAUAGAUCAGCAGCAAAGAUUCAAAUGUUAGGAACAACAAAUUCUUCUGGUUGUGCAGAAGUUUCAUGUGGUGAUAAGAAACUGGAUUGGUAA